ACCUCCGCUAUGCCGCUAGCAUAGCACCUUGAGUCAAGACUGUGCUUCGUAUACAAAAUAAGCCGGUGUUUCCUCAAAGAAAUGAGUGACCAAAGCUCAGGGGUGCUCCUUGGUGUGACUCCCCAGCUGUGAUUUCGGAGCGGCGGCCAGUCUCAACCGGUGUCACCAUGUAUCCCUUUGGCCGCGAAGCUGAGGCCUCUCUCCACGACCUCUUCGACUACUUCAAGAAGUGCCUGCAGCACGGAGAGUGGCAGCUGGCCAGCGCCUGCGUCCCACAGCUGGCGAAAGCACCAGGAGGACUUUCAGAGAAAGUGCGAGAGAUAAUCAAAGCUAUUAUCUGCAAUCCCUACAGUUUAAAAUGGGCUUCUGUUGGCAGUCCACACAAACUGGCUUGGUUUUGGCUUUAUGUCUUGGAGAAAUGGACUGAAGAUCAGGUUGCUCCUCACAUCAAACGCGAGCUGGAGUUUCUGCUCCUCCUGGAGGAACUGGGGUCUCAGGGCAUACCGGAGACUGAUCUUCAGGAAUUGCAUCAGGCUUUCUUGGCAUCCCAGUCUGAUCAAAGGACGUCCCUUGCUGUUGUUGAGUCUUGUCUUCAGACCCUGCUGGAGAAGAAGAAACCAAGACUUGCCCACACCUUAGCAUAUUUCUUAGAGGAUCAGUCGAACCCCGAAGGCCACACUCUGCAGCACGUAUUCAUCCAACACUUGAUGAGGAAGCUUGGAAAGCCGGAAACAAGCCCAGAGAAGGUGGAGCAGUGGGCGAAGGACGUUUACUCCGUGCUGGCUCUCGUGCCGUGGCGCUCUAGCAGAAGCGCGCCGCAGCUGGAGGCGCUGUGCGAAGCGCUGUGGUCAGCCAGAGGCGGUCCUCUGAAGGAGGAGAGGAUUCUCAGCUGCUUGCUUCGACCUCGGUGUCACACUCUCGUUACGGUGUACUCCUCCACCGCUGUGAGGCUGCAGAGAGACCACCUGCUGAGAAACGCACCCGAGACUCAAGUGGACCUGCCUGAAGCCGAGAAGCUUACCCUCAGCUUGUGUUGCCAUAAUGAUCGACCUGCCGCUUGGAAGGCCAUCUUUUUUGAGUGCCUUAGUAGCGGGAAGCAUUUCCUUGAGCAGGUUUUGGUUACUGGGCUUGACCUGAUGAAACACGAGGAGUUCAGUAGGCUGAAGGAUUUACUGCAGCGGGAGUUUAGGCCGCUGUCUCGUCUGCUGCUGCUGCUGGGAUGGAAUCAUUGUCGCAGCCUCAGCUCUGCUCAAACGCUGGUAAACAUCCUGCACCACCAACAGAGUUCAGCCAAUGACACUGUUCUUCAGGACUUCUGUAAUCUUCUGUCCUCCCAACUUGGAGUUCUGGAGUGGUGCAAAAACAACAACCCAGGGAUAUCCAUGGAGGCCCUGCAAGCACAGAUACAGACUCUGGACAAUCACUCAGCUCUUUACAUUCUGCACUCGUUGACUCCUUUGGCCGAGUAUGAAGAACACCGGAUAUUAGAGCUGCUACAACAACUGCCCAAGUCACCUCAAACAGAAAGCGCAGUCAUUCAAAGUGGCAACGUGCAGACGAACAUUCACUUGUUCAAGGGCUUCUGUGCCAUGAAGUAUGCAAUCUAUGCGCUCUGUGUUAACUUUCACAAAUACUCAAAUUGUGCCGAGUGUGAGUCCAUGCAGCUUCACAAACCCACGGAAGCGGACACGGGCACAAAGAGAAGUUCAGCUUCCUCAGAAGGUCGCCACUAUAUGUUUCAGCACUACUUGUCAGAGUGUCAGCUGUACCUGGAGGCCGUACCAGCCAUGUUCCGCCUGGAGCUCCUGGAGAAUAUCUUCUCCCUCCUCUUUCUGUCCACCUCUGACUUUCUCCAGGACGUACAAAAAGACUCGAACCCGAACCCAAACCCAGGACUAGAUCCACAGUCAGAAUGCUUGUCGACAGCAGAUGAAAGUGUGGAGGCGGGGAAAUCCAGUUCAGAUGAGACUGAGCACAGAAGCCAGGACCACCAGAAACCUCGCUCGCGUUCAGCAACAGCUCACGGUGGGCACCUGGACCUGGGCCACUUCCUUCAAGGCUGCAGGGGGUUUCUGGUGGAUUUUACUGCAAUGGAGGGGUUUUUAAAGCUGCUGAAGGAAGGGUUGGAGGGCAUGUGUGUGGUGGGUCAGCAGGAGGGGCAGGAAGCGGGAAGAGCGCUGCCUCGAGAGGCCGAAGCGGUGGCCAAUCUUGGCUGCUCCGUCACGGCCGAGACAUUUGGAACCCGCCUCCAGAGGUUGUCUAAACGCACCGCAGAGGCCCAGUGGAGGCUGCAGAUCAUCACCAGCAAUCAGACCACUGCAGACGGCUCAGAAAGUCCCAUGCAGAUGUCAACAUAUCGUUCUUCUUUUACUCCUCCGGGAUCCAGCAAAAGGUCAAGUUUGAGGAAGAGGAGGAGGCCAGCGAGGCAUUCUGCCGAGAGACAGACCUCCAUAGAGAAACAUGGAGAUGUCAGCACGAGUGCAUCAGAUGGUGCUGGAGGGCCAGUGGGAGGUUGUGCGGAGCUGGAGCUUUGCUCAUGUGGAGGCCCUCACAGCUGGCUGGUUCCUGCCAUGUUGUCUCCUCCAGAAUCUCUGCUGAUGUCCUGCAUCCGCCGGGGAAACUUCAUGCAGGCACAUCAGGUGUGUUUGGUUUUUGACCUGGAGGGGGCUGCCUGUUUUGGAGAGCUGGCCUUCAUGGAGCGCUACAAAGAGGUUCUGGUGGAGUUGGGGCAAGUGGAGCAGAAGAUAGAAAGUCAGUCCAUGUCUUCUUCGUCAUCUUCCUCCGAGGGCUUGGGGUUGGCAACUGUCCCGGGCGCAGGGAGGAGUCGGCUGGGCAGCAGUGGCCGGUCAACACUGCAGGCCAUCGGUAGUGCGGCUGCAGCAGGAGUUGCUUUCUAUUCCAUCUCAGACAUCGCAGACCGUCUCCUCAGCACCCCUGCUCAUCCGCUGCCCUCCCUCGAGGAAGGUUACUGGAUGAGCCUUUGCUCUUCUGAUGCUUCCAGCCUUUUGCACACGCUGCUCCAGGAGCUCAGCCCAGCAGCCAUGGCUGCGUUCGAUCUUGCUUGCUGCCACUGUCAGCUCUGGAAGACGUCUCGGCAGCUGCUGGACACUGCAGAGCGCAGGCUCACCAGCAGCUUUGAAGCUCGCGGAAUAAGAUUUGACCGUAAAGUGCCUCAUCCUGAGGGCAUCCGUGGAUUCCCCAUGGUCUUACAGCAGAUCAGCAAGAUCCUGAAUCAUUCAGCCACUCAUAAGGCUUCUGUCAAAACAGAUGCUGUCGGGGAAGACCAAGGGGUUUGCGCUCCGUUUGGUUGCAGCAUCCAGGAAGUGCUGCUCAGUUGCCACCCCACACUGACUGAGGAGAGCAUUGCGGCGCAGAUCAGUCUGACUCAACGUCUGGAGGGCCCGCUGCACAUUCUGAGUACUGCUAUAGAGGGGAUACAGCUAGAGGGCAGUGCGGACAGCGCCGUUUUGACACUGCUGGUUGAACAGGCCAGUCUGAAGCAGUCGGAGCUGGACGCGCACCCCGUGCGAUGCAGCAUGAAGCAGCUCCUUCGCUCUCUGGACCAGCUCUGCCCCUUCGAGCCAGACAGCGACCUGGCCAAGCCGGAUUACAUGCGCAGUUUCUUCGACUACGUCAACACACUGGCCUCUGUGUUGGUGCGUAGCCUCUCUUCAGAAGACCAAGGCAGUCAAGUGAAGCUGGGUAAUCCACUCCUGGUGUUGCUUCAAACCCCGUUUCAACUUGUCUCCCACCUGCUGUUUGACAGACAGGUCUCUCCUGACAGAGUUCUGUCGGUGCUGCAGCAAGAGGGUCUGCGGCUGAGCGUCCAGCAGGUCAUCGUUCAGCGAUGCUGCGAGGCUCUGCCCGUGUGGAGCUCGUGUCCAGAUGAGGAAGAAGACUCCAGCCGGGCCAGGAAAGCCGACGGGGCCUUCAGCGUCGACAAUUUAUUUCUGCUGCUUCGAACGCACGCUCCAGCUUACAAGGCGGCGCUGGGAAUCCCCGAACCUCCGUCCGAUGGCAGCUCCGAGUCUGAGGCCUCAGCAGACGACCCAUCCUCUUCGCCCAUUCACCUCUCCUCAUCUCCACCAUCUCAGUCAUCAUCCUCUUCAUCGUCUUCCACCUCGUCUUCCUCAAAUACGUUUCUCCUCACUGCAUCGGCCCUGUCUUUCCUAAAGUCUCGCUCCCCUCUUCUGGCCACGCUGGCGUGUUUAAGUGCCUGCAAAGGAGAAGCUACCCGCGCAAAAUCCUCCGGGUUAUCCGCGUAUUUCCGCAGCGGCCGGAAGGAGGUUUCCCUCGACCGUGAGCAGAUAUCUCGAGAAGCCGAUGGCCUCCUUAAGCAAUUCCCUAUUCUGAGGGCUUACCUUCAGACCAUGGUGGAGCCUGUGCUAGGGACCUCGUUAGGCGACGGGGAGGAGAGCUCUGCCGGGCUCGGGGCAGCCAUCUGCGGGAAACCAGUGGCCAGUCUCCUGUUGUCAGGGCCUCAGGAUGAGGUGACUCAGGCUCUGGCUGCCGACGCCUUUAAAGAUGCUCUCGUGUCCAAAGACCUGGACCGAGCCCUGAGCCUGCUGGAGCUGUAUGGACAGGGAGGCAGCCAGGAGAGGGAGCUAAGGGAUCACUUACUAGUCUGCGCUUCUUUAGAAGAUGAAGCCGAAGGCUUUGAUCAGCUGUUCCGGGUGCUGGACGCCAACCUGCGAGCUCGUGUUGCCCUUCAAACCCUGGAACGGUGGCCUCUGUCAGCCUGUCUGGAGCUGAUUGAGUUCUGCCUAGAUGACCCUAACACACAAAGCUCACUGAAAACAGACCUUGAGCUGAAGAAGAAGGAAUUAAGCAUCUACCGCUGGAUGAUGAAUUUGCGGCCUUCCUUGCCUUGGAAAACUUGGCAGGAGUUGAGGAGGGAGUCCGCAGCAAACCCAGAGUCAAUGUUGUCUAUGAUCCUGGAGGCAAAGGAAUUUUCUCUUUGUAAGCAGUGGGUAGAGCUUUAUCCCGUCUCUGAGCAGCAGAAGCUGCAGCUGCAGACUGAACAUUUGCUCUAUCUGCUGGAAACGGAACAGACAGACGAUGCGUUUGAGCUACUUCAAAGCAUCUCAGAUGUUGCUGUUGGCCUUGAGGUUUGCGAGCGCGCCUUGGAUCGCCGCCCUGGAUUGGCUGCCUGCCACUUCCUGGCUGACUACCUCACCAUUCAUUUCCAGAGACGGGUGUCUCCAGCCCGUCGUCGGCACAUCCAUGCCCUUCAUCUGGGCUCUAAGGUGCUGAUGACUCUCCCACCAGCUGCCAGGCAGGACUACUUCCCUCUGCUUUCAGAACCCCUGCUAAUGCUCGAGCAGCUGCUGAUGAAUCUGAAGGUGGAGUGGGCCGAGGUGGCGGUGCAAACGCUGCAGAGCCUGCUGGUUGGUCAGGAGGCCGGCUUCAGCGGAGAGGACAUAGAUAAGCUGCUGGCGGACUACGGCUACAAGGCCCUGGACUUCUCGUGUGCCCCCAGGGAGAGGUCUCGUUCAGACUCUGUCAUCAGCCUUCAGGACGUGCUGACGCAGUGCCCUGCUCAAGAGCUCAGCUCUCAGUCCUUCACCCGGAUUGAAACUCCAGCUUCUUCCGCAAACAGCACCCCAACACACACCUCGUCUGCAAACAGCUCAGAGAGGGAAAAGGAUCGAGGCUCGUCAGAGCGACGCCGACGCUCAUCCGCCAAGUUCCAGCCUCCAGAUCAGCCCCCGGCUCGGAAGGACUGGGUCCCGGACACCAAGCACAACACGUGCAUGGUCUGCCAGCGGGAGAGGUUCACUAUGUUCAACAGACGGCAUCACUGCCGGAGAUGCGGCCGCCUGGUAUGCAGCGCGUGUUCAGAGCGGAAGAUGCUGCUGGACGGGUGUCCAGGAGAGGAAGUCAGAGUCUGUGACCAGUGCUACGUUUACUUUCACCCAGAUUCUGAUGAUGAAUCUGAGUCUGCUGAAGUUAUUGGAAGCCCGAUGGUCCAAGAGGACGCUCUGGAUGGGAUGCUGCGUCUGCCUGAAGUGGUCCAUCGACAGUUCCGCCUGAGCACAGACCCUGCUCACAACCAGCUGCUGCGGAGCGAGUUCUACUAUGAGCAGGCUCCCAGCGCGCACCUCUGCGUGUCCAUCCUGUCUCUGCACAGCGACCAAGCCGCCUGCGGUCACCAGCUCAUCAACCACUGCCGCUCCCUGUCCUGUAAGCUGACCAACCCGGAGGUGGACGCCUGCCUGCUCACCGACAUCAUGCAGCAGCUGCUCUUCAGCGCCAAGCUGAUGUUUGUUAAAGUCGGUCAAAGCCACAACCUCGCUUUAUGCGACAGUUACAUCAGCAAAGUAGACGUGCUGAAGAUUUUGGUGACGGCCAAUUACAAAUACAUUCCUUCUCUGGAUGACAUCCUGGAGACGACCGCCGUCACACGUCUGCGCAAUCAGCUGCUGGAGGCGGAAUACUACCAGCUAGCGGUGGAGGUGUCGACAAAGAGCGGCCUCGACCCCGGUGGCGUGUGGCAGGCGUGGGCUCUGGCUUCUCUGAAGGCGGGAAACCUUUCAGGAGCGAGGGAGAAGUUUGCCCGCUGCCUGAAGGCUCCGGUGGACCGGAACCAGCUCAGUCCGGGCACCCCUCUGUUGCAGGAGAUCGUCCAUCACCUUGAGACCACCGUACGGCCCUCCUACUCCCCGUCUUAUGGUGAAGACAUUUUGGCUUCCCUUCGAGAGCUGGAGGACAUGCUGAACGAGGUGAGUCCAGCGGAGCGCCAGGAAGAACUGACUCCGAACAGCUACCUCUUCCAGGAGUGUCUCUAUUACCUGAAGACAUACGGCCCUCACCUUGCUGUCAUCAGCUUCUAUGUGCGCCACGGCUGUGAGACGGAGGCCCUCACUUUCCUUCUAAGCAAAGAGUGUCCCGAGGAGGUGUUUCUAGAGGGCGUGUUGCAGCCCUGCCUGGAGCGAGGACUUUUCAGCAAGCUGCAGGGCAUCAUGGUAAAACUGGACCCCAGCCUGGAGUCCUGCAGCCGCUACCUGAUCGCUUCGUGCCAGUUCCUGCAGCGGAAGGGAUACUAUAACUGUCUGUACCAGCUGCAGAAGUUCAUGACGGACCACGUCCGCGCUGCCAUGACCUGCAUACGGUUCUUCACACAUGGAGCGAGCUCAUACCUACAGCUGGGAGAGCAGCAGCGCUGGUUGGCCAGAGCCAAAGAGCACCUGAAGACGUACCUGCAGGAGCAGCAAGGACGAGGCGCGGGGAGGAGAAAACCUUCGGUCACCUCUUUUAGAAAGAUGAUGUCGUCCAGCGACGUGUCCAGGCACAUGAAUACAAUCGAGCUGCAGCUGGAGGUGACUCGCUUCCUGCAUCGCUGUGAGGCGGCGACGUCCUCCGACGCCCCGCAGGCCAGCACAUCUGCCACCAAGUCGCCCGCAUCCAGUUCACCCCCGACGCUGUUUGGCGGAAGCCCUAUGAAGAUUGAGGUCGCCUGCAAGGUGAUGCUUGGAGGAAAAAACAUAGAGGAAGGCUUCGGCAUUGCUUACAGAGUCAUACAGGACUUUCAGCUGGAGGCCCAGGCCGUGUACAUCAGGGCCGGCCACCGCCUGGUCCGACAGCGGCAGUAUGGAGCUGUGAAGCAGCUCCUCAAAUGCGUGGGCGAGUCAGGCAGCGCCACCAAGAGCGACUGCGACGCUCUCAUCCUCAGCUGCGUCUCCGUAGCAGAUAAGGGACCUGCUGAUGCCAAGGAACUGGAAAGCCUCAUUAUGGAGAUAAAGAGCACAGAGACCAAGAUCAAAGCCUACCUGACGUGCAGUAAGCUGAGGCCAGCGUACCUGCUGGCGGUGAAGCUGGAGCCCAGCCGGGCGGGCCCGCUGGUCCAGGACGUCCUGCAAGCGGCUGAAGGAGCCCAGGACUCUGUGAUGCAGAACAUCUGUCGCCAGUGGCUCUCUGAACACAGCAAGUCCCCUGUGCAGCGUCAGAGCCGGCCCACUGCAAGGUAAAGGCACAGCCGGAGCAGCGAGCGAGAACUCUGACUGGACUUGAAGAAAAAAAAAAAAAGAGCUACACAAGAAGUUCAAGAAUGAAAUUUGAAAUUAUUGGACACUCAAAGGAUUUGCACACUAUGUAUUUGAAACACAGCGACAGUGCCCUCCCAUCUGCUUGUUUAAAUCUCCCAAAAGU